CUCCCACUAUGCUCGGUGGCUCAACAGGCGGGGCCGUUCCUGGCUCCGCCCCCCGGAGCCUCACUUCCGGGCGCCAGCACGCACCGCCCCGUCCCGCCCCGGCGGCCGAGCGGUAUCAUGGAGCGCCAGGUGCUGCUGAACGAGCCCGAGGAGGCGGCGGCGCUGUACCGGGGUCUUAGCCGCCAACCCGCGCUGAGCGCCGCCUGCCUGGGCCCGGAUGUCACCACGCAGUACGGGGGCCGCUAUCGGACGGUGCACACCGAGUGGACACAGAGGGACCUGGAACGCAUGGAGAACAUCCGAUUUUGCCGCCAGUACCUGGUGUUCCACGACGGGGAUUCAGUGGUGUUCUCAGGGCCUGCAGGCAACAGUGUGGAGACCCGCGGGGAGCUGCUGAGCAGAGACUCUCCUUCAGGCGCCAUGAAAGCUGUGCUGCGCAAGGCUGGAGGCACGAGCCCUGGGGAGGAGAAGCAGUUCCUGGAGGUCUGGGAGAAGAACCGGAAGCUCAAGAGCUUCAACCUGUCGCUGCUGGAGAAACAUGGGCUUGUGUAUGAGGACGACUGCUUUGGCUGCCUGUCCUGGUCGCACUCGGAGACACACUUGUUGUAUGUGGCAGAGAAGAAGCGCCCCAAGGCUGAGUCCUUCUUUCAGACAAAAGCCUUGGACAUCAGUGGCAGCGAUGAUGAAAUGGCCAGGCCGAAGAAGCCAGACCAGGCUGUCAAGGGGGAUCAGUUUGUGUUUUACGAAGACUGGGGAGAAAACAUGGUUUCCAAAAGCACUCCUGUGCUCUGCGUGCUGGAUGUUGAGAGCGGCAACAUCUCUGUGCUUGAGGGGGUCCCUGAGAGUGUGUCCCCUGGACAGGCAUUCUGGGCCCCUGGAGACACAGGUGUGGUGUUUGUAGGUUGGUGGCAUGAGCCCUUCAGGCUGGGCAUCCGCUUCUGCACCAAUCGCAGGUCAGCCCUUUACUACGUGGACCUCACCGGGGGUCAGUGUGAGCUUCUCUCAGAUGACUCUUUGGCUGUGUCCUCUCCCCGGCUGAGCCCAGACCAGUGUCGCGUCAUCUACCUGCAGUACCCAUCUCUGGUCCCCCAUCAUCAAUGUAGUCAGCUAUGUCUGUACGACUGGUAUACCAAGGUGACUUCAGUGGUGGUGGACGUCAUGCCUCGGCAGCUGGGAGAGGACUUCUCUGGGAUCUACUGCAGCCUUCUGCCUUUGGGAUGCUGGUCAGCUGACAGCCAGAGAGUGGUUUUUGACUCAGCUCAGCGUAGCCGGCAGGACCUGUUUGUUGUGGACACCCAGAUGGGCACUGUGACCUCCCUGACAGCUGGGGGUUCUGGUGGAAGCUGGAAGCUGCUGGCAAUUGACCGGGACCUCAUGGUGGCACAGUUCUCCACGCCCAGCCUGCCCCCAAGCCUGAAAGUUGGGUUCCUGCCUCCUGCAGGGAAGGAGCAGGCAGUAUUGUGGGUGUCCCUGGAGGAGGCUGAGCCUAUUCCGGACAUCUCCUGGGCCAUCCGGGUACUGCAGCCACCGCCAGAGCAAGAGAAUGUGCAGUAUGCUGGCCUUGACUUUGAAGCAAUCCUUCUACAGCCCAGCAACCCUCCAGAUAAGACCCAAGUGCCCAUGGUCGUCAUGCCCCAUGGGGGACCCCAUUCAUCCUUUGUCACUGCCUGGAUGCUGUUCCCAGCCAUGCUUUGCAAAAUGGGUUUUGCAGUACUCUUAGUGAAUUAUCGUGGUUCUACGGGUUUUGGCCAGGACAGCAUCCUCUCCCUUCCCGGCAACGUGGGCCACCAGGAUGUGAAGGAUGUCCAGUUUGCAGUAGAGCAGGUGCUCCGGGAGGAACACUUUGAUGCUGACCGAGUAGCUCUUAUGGGUGGUUCCCACGGUGGCUUCCUCUCCUGCCACUUGAUUGGUCAGUAUCCUGAGACCUACAGUGCCUGUGUAGUGAGGAACCCUGUGAUCAACAUUGCCUCCAUGAUGGGCUCCACUGACAUCCCUGACUGGUGCGUGGUGGAGGCUGGCUUCCCCUACAGCAGUGACUGCCUGCCAGACGUCAGCGUGUGGGCUGAGAUGCUGGACAAGUCACCCAUCAAGUAUACCCCUCAGGUAUACAUCCCUCCCUCUGCCCAGUGUGCUGCCAAUCUGUCCAGAGCCUUGGGGCCCUGCUCACUACCACUCCCCACAUCCCCAGGUGAAGACACCGCUACUACUGAUGCUAGGCCAGGAGGACCGGCGUGUGCCCUUCAAGCAAGGCAUGGAGUAUUACCGUGCCCUCAAGGCCCGGAACGUGCCUGUUCGGCUCCUGCUCUAUCCCAAAAGCACCCAUGCACUUUCAGAAGUGGAGGUGGAGUCAGACAGCUUCAUGAAUGCUGUGCUUUGGCUGCACACGCACUUGGGCAGCUGAAGCCAUGCCUCCCUGCAUGAGCUGGUUGGCAUAAGCCACACUUUCCUCUUGGAGAGCCCCAGGGUCUGGCAGAUCGGCGAGAGGAUUCCUGGGCUCUGGACUCCAUGGAUGGGUGAGCUGAGGAAUGUAGGCUAUACAGUCAUAAUAAAUAAGGACACAGAA